AUGUACGAAUACAAGUUUGAAAACGGUUCAUUUCCGGCGCAUGAUUCCAACGUGAGCGGAAGUAAACAAAGCGCCUCGCGUUUGUUCGGUUUCAGUUAUUCAUGUGAGAUCUAUUUCAGAGUCAAUUCUUCCUUCACGUCUGUAAUCCAGAUAUGAACGGCCAAGCCGAUUUAGAUGUGGAUUACAAGCGAAAAUACAAAAACCUGAAGCGUAAAUUAAAGUUUUUGGUGUAUGAGCAGGAAUGUUUUCAAGAGGAGCUCCGAAGAGCACAGAGAAAACUCCUGAAGGUGUCCAGAGAUAAAAGUUUCCUGCUGGACAGAUUGCUUCAGUACGAGCGGGUGGACGAGGACUCGUCUGACUCGGACGCCACGGCCUCCUCAGACAGCGAGGGAGAAGUUCAGAGGGAAAGAGAUCCAGGAAAGAAGAGGAGAAGUCCCGGAGGUCCGUCCCUCGCUUCGUCCUCGUCACCCCAGCCUGCUCUCCUCUCUCGGCCCGGAGCGAACGCACUCCAGGCUUCAGCACCCUCUCAGUAUCUCAACGCGACCCUACCCUUCCCACCUGACUAUUUGGCUCCCUCUGCUGAGCGAGUGAGGAAAGAGAGAAAACCAAAACCACCAAAACAGAGAAAAGAGUCUGCAGGAAAGGUGGUUUCUCCGUUAGCAUCUAACUACCCAGCAGGCAGUGCACCGGGCGCGGGUUCGUCCGGGCCGUUCAGCUGGGUGCCGCGGCAGAUGCUGAGCGGAGACACCGCAGAGGAGGAAGGAGACAGUGAGGGAGAAAGCGAUGGAGGAGAAGAGGAGAGAGGAGAGGGAGAGGAAGCAGAGCUGGUCAUUGAUAUUCCUAACGAGUGAUGGUGAAGUGGAUGAAAGACUCUGGUGAUGAUUUAGCAGCAGUUAUGCAGAAUUACACCCGGACUCUUCUCCACCAAUUUAUUUAUUUUUUUUGUUGUUGUUUUUUUAAUAGUAAGAAUUAAAGCCACAGUGCAUAGUUUUUUUUUUUUUGUUUUUUUUUAUGAGGUUACAGCAAUCCACUGUUCCUUGUAAUAGUAAUCCACAGUCAGAGCUGUGAUUGGAUUUGGAGGGACAUUUCGGAUGCGUGUCGUACGCCAGCUCGGACACAUCCCACACCAUCCUGCCUGAAAGACAGCAUCAGAAACAAAAAGCCCUUCUCUUUAUAGAUAGCUGAAGCUACUGAAUGUUGUGGCAGGAUUCUGGAUCAGGUACGGCAGAAUUAUAUUAACACUAAGAAGUGUUUGCUGAUUCAGCAUUUCUGUCUGCAACCCGAGUGUCGUAUUACUCAGUCAUGACAUCCGGUGCUUUUUAAAGCGAAAAGUCAAACAGCUUUCCGUUCAAAUCAAUCAGCUGGUCAAUGCUUACUCCAUCACAAUGUGUGUGUGAGACAUAGCUGAUCCACUGUCAUGUUCAACACCCAGCUCUCAUGUAUGUCUGUAUAUUUUUGUGAGGUAAAACUUUUUCAAAUAUGGUGAAUUGUAAUCGGAUUUUUGUUACCGCUGUGACUUUAAUAAACAAAUUUCUGCCUAGAAAUGGAAAA